CCCCAGUCGACGGUCUCACCUCCUCUCAGUCCUAUCUCCCCCUCAAUUUGCUUGCCUGUCGGUUGCAGGUAACCAUCCGGGAGAUCAUGGCUUUCCGGCGUCCCCUGAUGCUGUCGUCGACAGCGUCGGCGCCUCUCCGGUCCGUGGCCUGCAAAACUUCUGGUGUCGCAGCCACGCUUCCCCGAUUCACCACCUCUCGCGCCUCGUCCAGUUCGACCUCCGCCCUCGCCUACAAGGCGCUGCAUCGCCGCUCUCCCCUUCCUCUACCCGUGUCGGAUGCCUCCCCGCAAUGGGACGCUCCCACGGCCGUCUCGUCGAUUCUGUACGAGACCCCCGUUACUCCGACCAACCCGCCGAAGCGGCACGUUCUGAACUGCCUGGUGCAGAACGAGCCCGGUGUGCUCUCCCGUGUGUCGGGAAUUCUGGCAGCCCGAGGCUUCAACAUCGACAGCUUGGUCGUCUGCAACACCGAGGUUGAGGACCUGUCCCGUAUGACCAUCGUGCUGCAGGGUCAAGACGGUGUCGUCGAGCAGGCCCGUCGGCAACUAGACGAUCUCGUCCCCGUGUGGGCCGUGCUCGACUACACGGAUUCGGCGCUGGUGCAGCGUGAGCUGCUCCUGGCCAAGGUCAGCAUCCUCGGCCCCGAGUUCUUCGAGGAGCUGCUCCAGCACCACCGCGAGAUCACUACCCCCGGCGAGACCGUCGAGGGCCAGAAGGAGAAGGGCGAAGUUCAGGCCCGCAAGCCCGAAUACCACCCUCGCAACCUGCCUCACAGUCAGGCGUUGAGACACAAGCACGAGCAUCUCGAUGCCAUCACCCGCUUGACUCAUCAGUUUGGCGGCAAGGUUUUGGACAUCAGCACCAACAACUGCAUUGUGGAGAUCUCGGCCAAGCCCUCCCGUAUCGAUUCUUUCAUGAAGCUCAUCGGCCCCUUUGGUAUCCUGGAGUCUACCCGAACCGGUCUGAUGGCUCUGCCUCGCUCUCCCCUCUCGGAGCCCCAUGAGGAGAUCGAGAAGGAGGCCGCUGACGUCGUCGAUGCCAGCACCCUUCCUCCCGGCUAAAAGAAGAACCUAUGCCCGAUAUGAAGAAAUUUGUUUUAAAGCAGCUAGUUCCAUUGUAACAUUUGCCCAAUGCUUCGAGAAUCAGGUAUUCUGGACUCCUGCAUUCUGUUUCUCUAAUUAUUCCUGUAUCUUUUAAUUGUCCAUCGGCUCCAGUUCUGAACCCAAUUGGAUGCUGUGAAUGCAUACCUCAUUGGUCUUGUACCUUUCUCAGUGAAUUGAAACAACAUCCUUGUAUUAAGGUGAUCGUGAAGAUUAGACAUCGUCCUGGUGCAAAAUUUCCAAAAGAAAACGUUUCAAAGACACCAAUAU